AUGUACUCCCUAAUUGAUGCCGAUGUUCUCCCUCUCACCGUCCUGGAGAAGAAAUUUGAGCAUGCAGCGCUCCCCGACCCUGUGAUAGGACAAUCGACCAAUCCAAUUACUAUUCUGCAGAAGGACGACGAAGAGCGCAAAAGGAACGGACAUCUUGGAUCAGUUCUCGUGGUGUCCGUGGAACUUGCGGAAAGCGAAAUGAAGAAGACGCCAGAACAGGCUGUGCGUGAGACUACAUGUCCUACCUUCCAGCCUUUAGGCUUGUUUAAAGAAAACAAGAGGUCGUUCGAAAGGCUGCCAACACUGCCGAAACCAAUUUGGAUGGUUUGUUUGAAAAACGCUCUGGACGGAAACGCGUAUGCAAUGAAUGUCCAGCCACGGCCAUCACCUCCUUGA